UGGUGCGAAGUCAUUUAUCAUAAUAUUGAGCAAUCAAUGUCACCUUGACGAGAAGGCGAUACCGGGUUAAAAACGUGGGUCACGGACGAGCCUAUAACAAUGAUGCAGUCGUUUGUACACGGCCGGCAAACAGUCAAUUUGAACCGCCAAUAUAUCGCUGCUGCCGCUGCUUCUUCUUCGUGUUGCCAGUCCUAUAAAAGAGAGAUACGCUGGAAAUUUUUUAAGCUGUGGAGAGUUGAGAUUUUCACCGGCCGCUCAGGUGUGUGAACAGUGAGCUACCUUCAGGUUCAUUGGACUGUUGUUUGAACAAAGGAACCGAUUUGCUAGCGGGAUUUGUGUAUUGAUCCAUUGAUUGAGACAACUUUAGCGGAGUAUCGAUCCGGGUUUCUGAUAAUCGACACUGUCAGGUUGCCGCAUUAUGGGCGUGGAUUCACAGAUGCUCGGGACGACGGGACAGUAUGUUGUUCCUCUCGUCCUGCCGAUCAUUCUCCCGUGUGUGUUGCUCCUUCUGGUGCGUCGCUUGUGGUACGAGUAUAACGUGAUGAGCAGAGACCCAGCGUCGGACUUGCCACUACCGGACGGCAGCAUGGGCUGGCCCGUGAUAGGAGAGACCAUUGGGUUCGGACUUCAGGGUUCGCAGUUUUACGAAAAGAAAUUCCGCCAGCACGGUCGGCUCUUCAAGACCCACUUGUUCGGCCGGCCCACGGUGCGGGUGAGAGGAGCCGACAACAUCCGCAAGAUCCUCCACGGCGAGAACGACAUCGUGAAAUCUUACUGGCCGGCCACCACUCAGCUCCUGAUCGGCCCAGAAAGCCUUACCCAGAGCCAGGGCGUUCACCACGUCAAACUCCGUAAGCAUGUCAUGACUGCCUUCUCGCACACGGCUCUGUCCGGUUAUAUCUCACUGAUACAUCCCAUUAUGAUUAAGACAAUACACGAUUGGUGUCAGGUCCCCGGGGGUGUGGCCGGGUAUCCGGAGUGCAGGCUGCUGACGUUUAUGGUGGCCGGGAAGGUCCUGUGCGGCUUCGACUGCAGCAAGGAGGAGACCACUAAACUCAUCGACUACUUUGAAGAGAUUGUGCAUUGUUUUUUCUCGCUGCCGAUCAACCUACCAGGCAGUGGGUUAAAUAGGGGCCUGAAAGCACGUGACUACAUCAGACAACGGAUUAUGGCGAAUAUCACUCUGAAGGAAACGGAUGAUACCCAGGAUGCUUUGCGAAUUCUAAUGGAUCAAAAGAAUGAGGCUGAAGAGACACCUUCACACGAGAACAUAGCAGCAAACGCGAUUGACCUUCUGGUUGCUGGGUACGCCUCUACAGCCAGUGCCGCAUGUAGCGUCAUAAUCCAACUGUACAAGAACAGACAGAUUCUCACUAAGGUGAGGCAAGAGCUGAAAGAGCACGGCAUGGACGUGAGCGGCAGCCAGCUGACUCUGCUAAAGAUAAAUGAACUUAAGUACGUCACGAGCGUUGUCAAGGAAGUGUUGAGAAUGUCGCCCCCUAUCGGUGCAGCCUUCAGGAAAGCACUUCGGACAUUUGAGUUGGAUGGAAAGCAAAUCCCCGCUGGUUGGACCUUGUUAUAUAGCAUCAGAGAGACCAUCGACUUCGCUGAUGUCUUCACCGACAAAGCCAAAUUCGAUCCCGAUCGCUUCGCGUCAGAGAGGCGGGAGGACAAGACCGGCGACCGGUACAACUUCUGCAUCUUCGGCGGUGGCUCCCGGUCUUGCAUCGGGAAAGCAUUUGCUGUCUUGUUGCUGCGCAUGCUCGUUAUCGAGCUGGCCAGAACGUGUAACUGGGAAUUGCUGGAGCCGGACACACUAAAGAUCGCCCACUUACCAACGCCGCAUCCAGUGGAUGGUAUGCCGGUGAGGUUCACUAAACUUGAAGAUGUCGACCAUAAUGCUAACAGCGUGGUGUUUAACUGCGAGUCUGAGUAAGAAGAAUCGUGAUACCCAACACUGUCAAUCUUGGGUCAAAAAUUACCCAGACUCUUGGUCCCCAAGGGCCUGACACAGUGUGGCGAGAG